AUGAACAUUUUAUUCAGUUCUCUAGAUUCAAUAUCAAGAAAAUCUUCCAGAGUUCCAAGUAUUGAUACCAGAAGUCGACUUAGCCAUAGCAGUUUAAUAGGAACUUACAUACAUGAAGCGGAAGAAAAAUCAAUGAAGGUAGGAAUAGAUUGCAAAAAAUCUUUAGAAGCUUCAAUAAGUACUGGUAGCAUUAUUCUUCCAGUUCCUUGCGAUCUACCAGGUAUCCAUAUAAGCAGAAUUGAAACAUUAGAUUUUGACGAUAUGUCGAUGCUGUCAGGGUUUGGUCAGUUGGGCUCAAGAAGGUACAUAAUUAUAGAAAGUGACGGAUUAAGUGACUGUUCUAAAAUGUCUAUUCCUAAUUCCGAAUGCUCAUUUUCAAUGUGCAGUCGAAGCAGCCGGAGCAGAAGUAGUAAAGAUUCAAGCAAUUUUGGUUCCAGAAUAUGGGAUUUUUCUUCUCCUCGAGAAUCUGAAUGGGAAGUAAAUGUUCCUAACAAUUUACGUCUGGACACUUCAAAUGGCUACACUAAUUUGCGUCAUUCCUCUAUAUCUUCAAACACAAAUCAAAAUCCAAGUUUUUUAUCACCCAUGAUGCCUCGCAAAGGAUCAACCGUUACGUUUGGCAAAAACGAAACAACUGGAAGGAGACAUUCAAGUCCAGCGUCAAGUUUUCGCAAGAAAGAAGGUCGCAAUGUUUCACAUGCUCCAAAUUUAACACAUGAAAAUAAUUUUUCUACUGCAAAUAAUUCUGGAAUAACACCAAAACAACAGUCCAGAGAUGCUUCAAACAAUGGUUCAAAAAUCGAAAGCUCAAAUUGGCUGUUUGCAAGUCAACAAGCUUUUUAUGGCACUUCAGCUUAUAGAAAAAAAAGUGCUGGUGACCAAUCUCUUAUGUCCAUAAUUAUUGAUGAGAACGAUGGCGAUGAAGAUGAGGAAAACAAGAACGCCGGUGUAAUGGAUGAAUCUAAUAACAAUCACGCACUGUCCGGGCCAAUUAAAUUUUCAAGAGAACCUCUAAACCCUUAUAUCAAAUCUUCAGCAACAAUUCACCAACAAAAUUUAUCUGCAAAUAUUGCCGAUAAAGAAAACAUCUGCGAAGAAAAAAAGUCAUCAAUGAUUCAAGAAUGUUACGAUGACUCAGACGAGAACGUCUCAAAUAAAUGUAUUAGUUUUUUAAAAUCUAAAUUGGAAGUAAAUGAAGACACAAGAAAAAAUGCAGAUCGAGGUAUGCAUGAUAACGAAAAAAAAGAAAUAGAGCUACGGCGAAGUACUGCAAGUUUCACAAAAUGCAAGGAAACCGAUGUUAAAGAUAAAAGCAUGAACCACAGCGGAACCGAAAAAACGAUGACGAGACAAAAGUUUCCUACAUUUGCAGCCAAUUUCAAGCCAAAGUUUCGUGAAACGAAUUUGAAAAACAGCAACUUGUCAGAGAGAGAUUUGCACAGUGAGAAGAAACAUGCAGACAAUUUCAAUUACGAGUUAUUAAAAAAAGAAUCAACUGAAAAAACUGUACUCGGGAAAUAUUGGUGGGUUUAUUUAAAAUUUAAAGUUCUCUUUUUAAAAUUUUUCAUGUUCCAACUAUUGAGAUCUUCAAGAAUCAUCUUAUUCUCACCUACACUGAUUCAUUCCUACAGGGUCAUUCAAUUAUUGACGUCACUUCGUAUUUCCCUUCAGUGUCAAUUCAGCAUUAUUUUGAAUCGUUUUCCAAGCAGUAUUUUCAUCCUCAUCUUUCAUUUUAAUCAGCCCACCGGUCUCAUCUUCUUUGCUUGA